GUCACAGGAGAUCGGGGAAUUGUGACACGACCUGUACGAUUGGCACUUCAGUUUGAUUGAAGAUGGACCGACUAAUGUGGGUUUUAGUCUUGACUACGCUCAUGUGGACCACAGCCCAAGGAAUUUACGUGGACAAUGGGAAUCCAUAUGACAACGGAACCCUGGAGGUGAUGACGUUAACUAUCAGCCAACAUGACGCUCCACUGCUCACCAAAGUCUACUACCCUAAGAAGAUCGACACCUAUGCAGUUUUGUUCUUCACGGGUGGUUUACUAGGCUACAUACCCGUAGAGAGUUACAGCAUUGUGUUAAAGGCUAUUGCCAGCCACGGGUUUGUGGUUGUCGGGGUGGACUACUUACCUUUUUCCACGGUACCAUCGACAUACGAGAGGGACAGGGACCAGAGGAAAGUAGGUGACCAGACCAAGAAAUACCUGGAGGAACUACAGUGGGUAACACAGCACCUGGAGGAGAGAAUCGCCAGGCAGCUGAACCAAACCGGACUGGUGCCGGCAUUCGACCACCUCGGGAUUAGCUGCCACUCAGCGGGAUGUGACCCUAUUGCGGACAUGACCUUCCAGAAUCACACGUUUUCAAAGGCUGCCCUGUUCCUAGAACCGUUCAGCUACCACUUUAAGACCCCGGUGACGUUCAGAAUGCCUGCUCUCAUGUACGGCACGGAGUUAUCGACCCAGAAGCCCGAGUGCAUCUACGUUGGUGAGGGGUACAACCACUUCUACGAUUUCUGGCAAUGUCCGAAAAUCGUAAUGAAUGUCAAGAGUCAUGGCCAUUGUGAGAUCUUGGAUCCUCCUACGUUCGAAGGUAAGUAA